UCCCCCACUGCCCCCCGCCCUUUCCUCCACUCCCAUACGCCCAUUCCCCCACUCCCGUCGUUCUUGCCCUAUCCCCCCCUCCUCCAAUACUCCUCCCUCCUUCGCCCCUUUCCCACACAGUUUUCCUGCCUUUCCCCAACGCCACCCUUACCUUUCCUAACGCACCUCCCUUCCCCGCGAUACCACCCUACCACCCUGAAUUUCCCCUACCAACACCCUACCACUCCCCCAUUCAUACCCCCCCCCCCCUUCUCCCGCUCCUACCCUCUCUUUCCCCCACUCCACCUCGUCCCUCCCCGCACAGCCUCCGGCCUUUCGGUUACUUCCCCGGUCCAAUCCCCCACUUCCCCUACGACUUUUACCCCACCCCCUCAGGGCCACACCGCCUUUUCACCAGGCAUGCCACGCACCUCCCAACGCGCCUCACCCUGCUAACCAUGUCAACCUCCCAUCCCCCCUGCUACCCCUGUCAUCCUCCCAUCCCCCCUGCUACCCCUGUCGUCCUCCCAUCCCCCCUGCUACCCCUGUCAUCCUCCCAUCCCCCCUGCUAA